CUGAAGUUACCAUUAAACUAUCCAUUCCAUCUAUCGCAACUGCUGAAGCCACUGAAAAACCGGGUGAAUCUGGUGGCUGUACAAUUAUGUAAUAAAAUAAAAUUCUUUACAUUUACGAAUUUUAUCGUCAGAUCUGAUUGGAAAUUAAACAUUUAUGUAUUGUUAAAUAAUCAUUUGUCUAUAAUUUGUCUUUUAAAUUCUAUUUAUUUGUAACAUUGUACUAUAUAUAUAUAUAUU